AUGUGCGACCUUAGCUCCGGGGACGAGGUGCGCUAUUUACCUUGCCUUCACACCUUCCACCGGACCUGCAUUGACGAUUGGCUGAUGCGGUGUUUCAGCUGUCCAUCCUGUUUACAGCCCCUUGAGCCGGAGUUACUUGGCCCUAGCUCUGGUAUAUCUGGUUUCGGAGGCGGCCUCAUUGUUAGUGGGGUUGAUCGCAUUAGCUCAAAUCCAAAUUCUUUCAAUCAACCAGGAUUGUCGCCUUUAAAGGCAAUUAUGAUUCCUAGUUCGCAAACCUCAGGGUUUGAUAGCGUUAGUGUUGACUCGGCUCGGUUAACAACUCUAGCUGAUGAACAGUUAUUGAUAGAUAUCAGCCCCUACGCAUCUGCUGCAGUGACUCAAGGUUCCUCAGCUACGCCACCAUCAUUCCCACCACCACUCUCUUCGACAUUGUCACUUACCCCUUCACAAAAGCCCGCUUCACAUCCUCUUCUUUCCGAAUCCGACUUCUCAGGCCAGCAAGCCGGACAGUCUGAUGUCAAUUAA